AUUUUGGAUCAAACAAUAAUGUAAUGGUAAUUGAAGGACGAACGCAAAUCUGCAAAUGUAUAUAAACUGAAGGGUAAGAGUCAAUCGGUACUCAUUGUGAAGUCAAGUUUCAGCACAAGAACAACAUGAACGCUUUGAUCGUAUCCGCCCUCGCCUUCUUGGCCACCGCCUGCGCAGCCCCAUCAGGCCAUGGAAUCGGAACAGUCGUUUCCGGACCAUCCGGAAUCGUGACCGGACUUGGACCCAUCGGACCGGCCGGACACGGAAUCGGUUUGGGUCUAGGACACGGACUUGGUUACGGCCUUGGUCUUGGACACGGAGUAGCUCUCGCAGGCCCCGCCGCCGUGGUAGCCGGCCCUGUAGCUAGAACCACCGUCAUCUCAGGCCCAGUAGCAGCUGGCGCUGUCGUCGCCGGACCUGGACUCGGUCUAGGACACGGAAUCGGUCUAGGACACGGACUUGGACUUGGCCACGGUCUCGGACUCGGAAUCGCCCACGGAGCCGCCGCCCUGACCGCCGGAGGCGGUUCCAUCGCCGCCACCGGCCACGGAGCUGCCAUCAGAGGACCACCAACCGCCCCCGUCGUGGUGGAAGGACCUGCAGGUAGGGUAGCCGCCGACGGUCUCUGGGGACCAACCGCCAACAUUGGAGGUCAUGGAGCCCUUGGAGCAAUCGGUCAUGUUGGCUACGCUCAUGGACAUGGAUGGUAAAAUGGACGCGGCAACGCCUACCAGAAUUUGGUGUGCCAUAUCUCAGGGUAUUUCGGGAAAUAGUUUUAUAUUUUCGUGUCUUGAGUGUGGACGCCAAGAGUUUCAUCUCUUUCAUAACCACUGCCUCACCAAUGACUACGAUUAUGUACAUUUUUCAUGCUCAUAUUUAUGUAUAAUUUAUAAAAAAACAAAACGUUAAUAAAUGAUGAUGAAUUUUAA